UCCCAUCAUGCUUUGCGGUCCGGUGUGAGGGGAAGCAAGAUGGCGGUCAUUAAUGGAAUGGGGCUGCUACAUCAACGGCUGCUGUUGCGCUAUUAAAACUGCAAACUAACAGCAGUCGGUGCUGAAUUAACGGUUCAUUUAAUGCGAUGCAAGACGGUGGCUCUGAGCUGAGGCGGCAGAUUACCGGACUACAGGUUUAUUCCUGGAUUCCACUUUUCCAGCGUGGCUACCAACCUCCAGGACCCACUGUCUGACUUCUGCACCACUAGUUUCCCUGGCCCAUGGACUUGACUCCAGCAUCAGGCUUCAAAAGGAGGCCUGCUGCCUCCUCUUCCCCAAGUGGAGUUAAAGAGAUCGCUAGGAGCCCUCCUCCCCGCUCGCCCUCCUUGUCUCUGUCAUCUCCUUCAUCUGAUCCGUCUUCACCUUUGUCUACGUCCUCCUCUGUCUGUGUCAACUCAUCGGUUAAUCAGAACAAUGUAAAAGGCCAGACCCAAGGGACAGAGGUGGCCAGGGUCUCCUCCACUUCUGCCUCUCUAGCCACGCAGUCUCUCUCCACACUUACGCCCAACACCACCUUCUCAGAAUUCUUCCCUCACAGUUCGGUGCAGCCACGUGUUGAUUGUGAAGAAGAGGGUGGGAAAAGGGAGAUGUAUGAUCCUUUCCAUCCAACUGAGGGAGUGAAGGGUGAGGAGGAGGGGGAAGGGGAGAAAUAUGACCCCUUUGACCCUACUGGUUCUCCGGCAUCAGACGCCGAUGAUGGAGGUGGCAAAGUGAGGGGGUUGAAGAGAAAUGCUGAGAGAGGAGAUGAUGAGGAGAAAGAGGAAGAACCCCCGGAUUCCACUGACACCUUGACUGACCUGUCAAGCCCCCGUCUGGCCACCCAGCUCCCUCUGAGGAGGAGAGUAGACUGUCGCAAAGCCAAAGCUGUGGCGCGGAGGGACAGCGCCGACUCUGAUCACUCCGAGAUAGAGGAAGGGGAGAUCGUUGGGGCUGUUGACAGAGAUGGAAGCAAUAAGAGACCAGCUGGAGAAAUCCUCUCCAUCAAUUCUCCCAGCGUCUCCUUCUUUGGUUCAAAGCCAGAGCGCAUCCUGCGGGUGCUGGACGGGGAUGGCUUUGUGUCUGUGCGUGCAGAGAGCAACUGGGAGGUGGACAGGGAGCCUGAGGAUGAGCCUGUGGUAGGAAUGGAGGAUCUGAGAAGGAAGCUGGUCAGCAGACGGAAAGAGAGAUAUCUCUCCUUUCCUGCGUCUUCCUCCCUCUCUCCUCAGCCACCGCCUCCUCCCUCCAAUCCUCCAGCUUCUGCACCCUCUUCCCCUCUCACACCUCCAGUAGAACAAGGCAGCAAGAACCGCAGCAAGUCCUCCAAGAGUUCCAAGGACCGCGACCGACAGAAGAGCAGGGAUGGGAAGGCUGGAGAGAAGGAGGAGAGGAGAAAAAAGAGUAGGAAAGACAAAGAGGGAGGUCGGGAGAAGAGCAAAGAAAAGGAGCAAGGGCACAAGACUGGGAAGGAGGUUAAAGGAAGGAGGAGUAGCAGAAGCAGUAGCCGGAAGAGGAAGAAAAGACAGCACAGCAGCCCAGAGGCCUCGAGAUCCUGCAACUCUUCAGGAAAAGGGGGUCACACUAGACCCCCUUUUUCAAGUCCAUCUGAAGAAAGACACCGAGAGAAGGAAGGAGAUAAAGACAGAGAGAGGGAUAGAGACAGAGGUAGAGAGAGAGACAGGGAUAGAGACAGAGAGCAAAAUCGGACCAGCAGCCAUAGACGAGAUGACAGAGAUCGAGAUUCUAGCUCCAGAAAAGAGGAGAGGGACAGGAAGGGAAGACAGCAUUCAAGCAGCAUAGAGCAGGGCAUUUCAAAGAGGUCCAAAAGAAGCAGGGAAAAGAGGGAAGAUGAUAGAGACAUGCCGCGGGAUAGGGAACGGCAUCGGGACGGCCGUCCUGUUGUCCCACCAUCUAUCCAAGACCUCAAUGGGUCUGACCUCUUUGCCAUCAAGAGAACCAUCACCGUCACCACCACCACAACGACCACCACCGUACCCGGCUCCCCAAGACUCACCCCGACCUCUCCCUGUCGGCCCACGCUGGACUCCGACAAGCCCCACAAGAGGAAGAAGAAGAGAAAAUGGAACUCAGCUGGAGAGAUGGAUGACCGGGGAAGUUGUCGCAGCCAAUCACAGUCGCUCUCACCACCAAGGUAUCAUAGCUACGAGUCGGACCGCUAUUCAGACAAAUUGGAGAUCGACGUGUUGUCUUUGGACGGUGAGGCUAUGGACUCAGACUACCCAUCUUUGGAGGAUACACCCCCUGCUGCCCUGCCUCCAGAACCACCUGUCCCUAGCCCCAAAACUAAAGCUACCCCCAAGACUGGACGACAUCACCCGAAAAAGAAAUCUCACGCAUUAAAGAAAAUUGGCCAAUCCUCCUCCUCCUCAUCCUCCUCCAAUAGAACCAAAAGCAAAUGCCUCUCCUCACUGACGGUCACUUCAGGCUCCGCCUCCGCCUCGUCUGGCCUCCCCUCAGCGAAGCGAGUCAGGAAGAUGGGAAAGGACAAAGACCGGGUCAAAGGCAGCAGAAAGGAUUUGGGUCACUCUGGCAAAUCCAAGAAAGACAGCGGUGGCAGUCGGAAAGGCAAGCUUCAGUCGAAAGUGUCUGUGCUGGUGCGUGAGGGCGUGAGCAGCACCACGGGGACUUCGGUUGGCUCUGGAAAGCUGGGCAUGGACCUCCUGGGGCCAGGAGGUACGGGAGGGGGUGCUGGGGGCUCUGUGGUGGGUGGCUCAAUUGCAGUAGUCUUCUGCAGGGACAAUGAGAGCAGGUCUCCGUUCCUCAAACCAUGCUCCGAGCCACUGUCACUGGGCAACCGCGGUAAAGAUCUGGCCGGUAUGGGAAAGCGAGGCAGCCUGGUUGCUCCACCAUCCUCCUUAACCAGUCCUGCAGGUAUGAAAUCCAAGAAAACAAAACCGAGCUCCAUCACAUCCACCUCCUCCUCCGCCUCUUCCCCCUCGUCAUCUCUUGCAACUAAACGCCGCCGUCGCCUGGCCAAGAAGACAAGAGAAAAGGGUGGAGCUGUGGGGUUGACGGCUGGAGACGGCAACCAAACAAAAGCCACAUCCGAGGGCUGGGGUGGAGCCUCCUUAGAUGUUCAGUCAGCCAUUGGAGAUGGGAGCAAGUCAGUCAGUCCACAUACUGGCCAAGCUGGUCCUGCACCCUGUUCUUCCUCCUCCUCUUCCUCCUCCUCCUCCUCCUCCUCCUCUACCAGUGUGCUCCCACCCUCCUCCUCGCCACCCCACACGCCUCCACCCUCUAUGGCUCCUUUGCGGGACACCAGGGAGUCUUCGCCAGACUCUCAGACCGUGGACAGCAGCUGCAAGACUCCAGACCCUUCUUUCCUAGCCGAGGACUGUCCAAGCCAGACCAGCCCCACACUCCCGGCGUCCAGUCCGUCCAGCCUGUCCACCCCCCAGGGAGCCGGCCUCAGCAUUGCCUUGUCUACACCCACUGCCAAGCCCCCUCCUCCAGACGACGCACCCAAAUCCCUGGCCUCACCUCCUUGCUCGUCCUCUUCGGCAGGAUGCGGUCUCUCUUCCCUUUCUCUGCCUCUGUCUUCUUCAGACCCCUCCUCCUCCUCUGUGUCCUCUUCGUCCACUAGCAAGCCUCCUCCGCCCCCUCCCCCAGCAGCGCCUGCCCUCCCCUGGAGUCUGCAGACCGGGGUGGACUGUACAACUGGAGGAGUCCUAGCAUUGACAGCUCUGCUCUUCAAAAUGGAGGAGGCCAAUAUCGCCAGCAGAGCGAAAGCACAAGAGUUCAUUCACGCAACCAGCCAGAUCCUCUCACAGGCCAAUCAGAGCCAGUCCCAGCAGCUCGCCCCUCCCUCCUCAUCCUCCUCCUCACAGAUCCCUCCUCCUCCCUCUCUCCCUCCGCCUUCUGGUCUGAGCCCGGCCCAGUUCAUCCUCCACGGCUCCCUUCCGUUGGUCGGCUGCACCAAAACCCCACCCUCUCUCCUGCACCCCUCCAUGGGUGGUGGAUGUGCGCAGACCCCGCCCUCCAUCAUGCCCGGGGGCCUGUCGGGAUAUUCCGGGAGCUCUGGUGACACCGGAUGGGACAACGAGAGCAAAGACCCCGAUAAGUACCUGAAAAAGCUGCACACCCAGGAGAGGGCAGUGGAGGAGGUGAAGCUCGCCAUCAAACCUUACUAUCAACGCAAAGACAUCAACAAGGACGACUACAAAGACAUCCUCAGGAAAGCGGUGCAUAAGAUCUGCCACAGCCGCACUGGGGAAAUCAACCCGGUCAAAGUCAGCAACCUCGUAAAGCUGUACGUCCAGCGCUACAAAUACUUCCGGAAACACGGACGCAGAAUGGACGACGAAGAGAGGGACGACAGGGAGCCGGGGCUGUAUUCUUCUGCCUGAUAGGAGACUUUAAAAAGCCCCCCCUCACCACCGCCUUCUGCUCAAGAUGUGGGCCAUCCACUGAUUGUUUUUGUCUCAUUUUCUUUUUUUAUUGUUUUCAUAGCCCACCUUGUCUAUGCUUUUUAUGUGAUUUAAUGGAAGCCUCUCUCCUUCUCUCUCUAUGAUCUCACUGUAAAUAUGUCUCACAUAGAAAAAUGUAUCAUGUCUACGAUGUUCAGGAAGCGGCUGCUAUCAUGCAACACCCGCGUGAUCUAAUACAGUCCAGUACACCGACCCCUGCAAUAAAUCCUGCCUUUGUGAAGCUUAUAGUUUUUAGAUUUUGUUUGACCGUGUCCAUGAGAAAGCCUCGCAGAGGUGGCACUGAUUGCAGGGCUUUGAUUAUUUCAAUAGCAUUGGAUUAGGUGUUCAUGCUACUCUGUCUGCCCAUCACUAUGUGUAUCAAAUAUCCAAGCCGAGGGGCGAUGUAAUACCCGGUUCAUUACACCAAAAUAUGUUGUACAAUAAUGCAAGGACACUACACCACGUUUCCCCUCCCUCCCUCUCCGCAUCUGUCUUUGCAAGACAGUAUGAUGGUUCAAAUACAUCGACGCCUCUCAGUUGAAGUUCUUUGAAUUCCGCCGUCUGUUUUGUGUGUGCAUGUGUUACUGAGGUUGAGAAAGUUGCUAAAUCUCUUUAUUAAAAGACUUGACCAACAAAAUAGAACUGUUGCUUGUACGCAAUA